AUGACCAACCCUGACGCCGUCAGAGACAAAUUCUACGAGGACCUGCACGUACUCUUGGCGACUGUGCCGAAGGCGGACAAGUUGAUUGUCCUUGGCGACUUUAACUCCCGCGUCCGCACAGACCAUACUGCCUGGAGAGGAGUGCUGGGUCCCCACGGUCUCCGCGGCUCAAACGACAAUGGUCUGCUGCUGCUCCGCACCUGCGCAGAACACCACCUUAUCCUGAUGAACACGUUCUUCUGUCUGCCGGAGCGAGAGAAGGUCGCGUCCGUGGCACCUGCUGGACUAUGUCCUCGUCCGAAGGCGUGA